AAAUUUUUGUUGCAAAAGCCAAUCUUGAUUUAUCUCUAUCAGAUUAGUGGUUGGUUGAAAAUUGAAAUGAGUUCGUUGGCAUCUUCACUUGGCACUUGCAAUCCCAGAAAGUUGAGAACACAAAACAUUUUGCUCCAGAGGGAUGUCACAACAUCAGAAACAUCAAGAGUCAAAAUCUUAAGCCAUCCACAGAGAAGAAGCUCAUCUUCUUCUUCUGAACAAGUACUGCAGAUAAAUGAGAACCCAAAUUUGCUUAAGAGAAGAGAAGCAAUUGGCUUUGGCUUCUGUCUUGGCCUUCUUGAUGUACUCUUGGCACCUCAACCCACUCAAGCAGCUGAAGAGGGCACUUGCGAGCUAACUGUAUCUCCUUCUGGCCUCGCUUUCUGUGACAAAGUUGUGGGAUAUGGCCCUGAGGCUGUUCAAGGACAGCUGAUUAAGGCACACUAUGUUGGGAAAUUGGAGAAUGGGAAGGUGUUUGAUAGCAGCUACAAUCGUGGGAAGCCCCUUACCUUUCGUGUUGGUGUUGGUGAGGUUAUCAAAGGGUGGGAUCAAGGUAUUCUAGGUGGUGAUGGAAUUCCUCCAAUGCUUGCUGGGGGAAAACGCUCCUUGAAGCUUCCUCCAGAACUCGCGUACGGCGUAAGAGGAGCUGGAUGCAGAGGAGGCUCAUGCAUUAUUCCUCCAGAUUCAGUUCUUCUGUUUGAGGUGGAAUUCAUUGGCAAGGCAUGAGAAGUGGCCCAAGAGCCAGCCAGCAGCAGUGUCUCUUGUGAAUUGUUUGUCCAGUGGUAAAAUGGAGGGAUGAUAAUAUGUGUAUGUUUGGCUGCCUUUGGAUAUGUCAGCACAUUGUUAUGAGAAGAAGAAACAUCUCUGCCUAUGAGCAUAUUAGACUCCUUUA